GCGUCCCCUUUCCUCCGCCGCCGCCAAGGUGCUCGGUCCUUCCGAGGGAGCUAAGGCCGCGUUGGGGUGACACCCUCACUUCACCCGGCGACUAGCACCGCGUGUGGCAGCCCGCGCCAUGGCCUCCGUCUCCGAGCUCGCCUGCAUCUACUCGGCCCUGAUCCUGCACGACGACGAGGUCACCGUCACGGAGGACAAGAUCAACGCGCUCAUCAAGGCGGCCGGCGUCACCGUGGAGCCCUUCUGGCCCGGGCUGUUCGCCAAGGCGCUCGCCGGCGUGAGCAUCGGCGGCCUCAUCUGCAACGUGGGCGCCGGGGGCCCCGCGCCCGCCCCCGGGGCCGCCCCCGCCGGCUCCGCCGCGCCCGCCGCCAGCGCCGCGCCGGCCGAGGAGAAGAAGGUGGAGGCCAAGAAGGAGGAGUCGGAGGAGUCGGACGACGACAUGGGCUUCGGGCUGUUCGACUGAGCGCCGCGCGCCGCCCAAUAAAGCGCCGCCCAGCC